CCCCGCUUUUUCUUUUUCUUUUUUUUUUCUUUUUUUGCUGUUAUUGCUGCCUGCCUAUUACAAUGACUUCCCCGGUCGACUUGCCAGAGAUGCUACAUUAUAUGGCGCCGUUUGUGGCCUUCCAAGAUCUACUUGCGUGUGCCCGUGUUUCUCGGCAGUGGCACAGAUUUUUUACUCCCUACAUUUGGUACUCGAUCGUUGUGCCCGAGGAGUGGAGCAACGACGCAGCAUUCCCUCCGUUAUCUGUCCUCGAAAAGAACGCCCACUUUAUACGCUCACUUACACUCAAGGCCUCCAAGGGCCUCUCAUCGUUUUUCAGGCACUGUACCGGUCUCAAGACAUUGGUGGUGUUUGGAGAACAUGUAGCGAAACCACAUCCGGAUCUGUGGGACGAGCUCACGGAUCUGAUACGACAUAAUGCCUCGAUUGAAUGGAUCAUCUUUGGAUUCAGUCUCAGCAACGCACCGUCGACCGCGUUCCUGAAGGCGCUACCGGAGGCAUGUCCGAACCUGAGGCGAUACGAAUCCAGCCAGGGCCGGUACGACGAUCCCGAACAGGUCGAGGCGCUGAUGCAGGCGAUCACUCGACUAAGUCAGGUAUCGUCGCGGUACGAGUACUUUGUGAAUGUACCGACGGUCAAGCGGUGGACAUUCCCUCAUCUGUGUGAAUUGACCCUCAAGGACGCACGAGGACUUGGCACGCAGACACAGGUCGAUCUGGUCUGUCAAUGCCCAAAUAUUAGGUUGCUCAAGUGGACAGUCUGCCGAGAGACGUUUUUCCCGGUCCAGGAAUUUUGUGCGCGUAUCCCAGCUGCAUGUCCGAGGCUGUGUCAGUUGCAGAUGGAUGGAUGUGGGUUACCGGAUCCGGAUGACAUUGGCAGGAUCCUGGACUCGCUCGCUCGGCUAGAGCAGCUAAUGCUGUGUGGGAGCAGCAUCACAAGGAGAACCUUUCGGUCGUUGGGGCGACAUUUCCAGACGCUUCAGCUGUUGGACGUGGUGGAUUGCUUUUAUGUGAAGAGCUGGAUGGUCCAGCAAAUUCUGGAAAACUGUGAAAACCUGACAAAGCUGACGAGCUCGGUCCUGCUGAUGCGCGAUAUUGUCGCAGGCAAGGAUUGGGCAGCGGUCGGGUUGAAGUAUUUGCAGGUCAAUAUGGUGCCGACAAAAUCGUUCGCAGUGUCGAUUGAGGAGCAGUGGAUGACAUUUGAACAACUUUCGAGACUGACACAGCUACAGCAUUUGGCAACGGGCCCUCGGAGCUGGACUCCCAGGGAGGGCCUGCUUUAUCGAAUGGAGUGUGGGGUGGAUCAGCUGAGGACGUUGACCAAGUUGAAGGUGUUGAUUAUGGGCAAGUCGUGGCAGCGGAUGAGUAAGGAGGAUCUUGCAUGGAUGACGGGCCAUCUCGAGAACUUGACAAAGGUCGAGGGAAUCUUUCACCCGGACUGGGACCAGCAUUUGAAACUCUCAGAUGGAUUUCGAGAGUGUGGGAUCGAGGUGCAGGUGAUAGAACGACCAGACCUGUUGUACUCGGGCGAUCUGAUGGACGAUGGAGAAGAUGACUUUGCGGAGUAUGAAGCAGAAGAGGAAGAUGAAGAGGACGAGGACUACGAGGAGGAGGAGGGUGAAGAAGGAGAUGAUCAGGACGAGGAUCAUUAUGCUGAUCCACAACAACAGCAGCAAUACCAACAGCAUUAUUCUCAAGUGGAUGAACUGGCGGAGGAUAAUGAUGUUCCUGGAGAUAUAGUGACUGGAGCAGGGGUACAUGCAGGUACAAUGGGGACUGAAGCGAAUGCCGAUCCUGGGCCCAGGGCCGUGGAUGCAGAGCACACGCCAAGAGUCCUCCAAUAAACUUCACGCAUUUUACUGCAGCAUGCAUGCAUGUGCUUUGCCAAUACUAAU